AUGUUCAAACUAGUUCAAAUUAACCUAGGUAGGCGUAUUCUAGCACAUGACUUACUGCGACAAACAACAGCUGCAAAUGAAAUAGACAUUGCAAUCAUAAGCGAACCAAACAAGAAUUUAGCUAAAAAGAGCGGCUGGUACACAGAUAUCAAUAUAGAUGCAGCAAUUUGCUUACCAGCAAGCAAGCACAUAUCGAUACAAGGUUGGGGACAGGGAAAUGGAUUUGUCUGGAUUGACUGCAUCAAAAUCACUAUAUAUAGCUGUUAUAUGUCGCCAAAUAUAAGGCUCGGAGAGUUCCAACAUUUACUGAAUGAACUGAAAAAUAGUAUGGCUACACGGAAAAAUAAGUGCCUGAUUUGCGGGGACUUCAACGCGAAAUCAAUGAUGUGGAACUCAACAACAAAUGAUUCUAGAGGAGAUAUUCUUUCUGAAUGGGCCUCAGAACUAAACUUAAUUUCACUGAACACCGGAUGUGAACCUACCUUCCGUAGAGGCCAAAGCUCAUCCAUUAUCGAUAUAACAUUCGCGGCAACCAAUAUAGCGCCUUUAGUAACGAACUGGAGAGUGUCUGAAGAGGAAAAUCUUACAGACCACAAUUACGUUUAUUUUGAUAUAGCUAUUAAGAAAGAUAGCGUAAGAACGAAGAUGAAGAGCCGCGGCUGGAGGGUGGAUACGACACAAAUGGAUUACUUCAUAAAUGAACUGCGAAGCAAAUUACCAUCAAGAGAACAAACCUUAAAGCCAGAGAGAUUAAUUGAGAACAUCAGCCAUGCAUGUGAUAAUACAUUCCAACGAAAGGGUAUCCCAAGUGACAGGAAAAAACCAGCAUACUGGUGGUCAGCGGAAAUCGCCGAGACUCGGAAAAAAUGCCUUACACGGAAGAGAAAUAUGACAAGGCUCCAUAAAAAACCUAAUAUAUCGCAAGAACAAAAAGAUACAUCCCGGCAAGCCUACAAAGAAGAAAGAGCGCGGCUAAAGAACUCCAUCCUAAGAGCAAAACAGGUUAAAUGGAAAAGGGUCAUUGAAGAAGACCCAUGGGGACUAGGAUACAAGAUAGUGAUGAAUAAACUGAGCUUGAGAUCACCUCCUGCGUUGUCAGAAGAACUCAUGCUUGACGAAGCUAAGAAGCUGUUCCCACAACACCAGAAAACUAAGUGGAGUACCACUGAGGUACGAGACAUUAUUCCACUAUUCUCAGCAGAAGAGCUGGAUCGAGCUUCAAACAGGAUCAAAUUAAAAAAGGCUGCAGGACCCGACCAUAUACCACCGGAGAUAAUUAGAUGUGUCGCACAAAGGCUUUCACCAAUCUGUCUGAAUGUAAUGAACCAGCAAAUCCUGAAGGACGAAUUCCCAAAUAUCUGGAAAACCGCCAAAUUGCUGCUUAGAAAAACCACGUAA